AAUCUUAUUUAUGACUUUAUGAACUCAAACUUCACAUGCUUGUCUCACACCAAUAUUGUUAAUUCUUGAUUCAUUCUUGAAACUUGAGUUAUUUAGAAUUGAACAAGAUGGAUGAGUUAGGUCCUACAUUAGAAGUAUCAGUUUCAUUUGGAAAGUAUGAGAAUGAUGCACUUUCUUGGGAAAAAUGGUCAUCUUUUUCCCCAAACAAGUAUCUUGAAGAAGCUGACAAGUGUAAAACAUCUGGAUCAGUAGCUCAGAAGAAGGCCUAUUUUGAAGCACACUACAAGAAGAUUGCUACUCAGAAAAUGGAGCUGGAAAAAAUGGAACAAGUUGAAUCUUUAGACGAACCCCAUAUCCAAGAUCGUAGUGAAAGCACACAUGUUUUCGAUACUGAUAGAUGUGCUACACAAGGUGAAGAGGAAAUGACAAGAGCUGAUAUGAAUAAUAGUGAUUCUGUUGAUAUGGAGGUGAAUAGCUUGUUGGUUCUCAAAGACAAGGAAGGGGAAAUCUUGGACCAUGGAGAAGUUCCCAAUGUUGAACAACACAAGAGUUGUGAAAUAGGAUCUCAAGAUAAUCUCAAAGAGAUUUCACAAGUGGAUAAUGAAGCAAAAAGCUCCUCUGCAAAGAAAAGUAAAACCCCUAAAUCAAAUCUGAAGAAUACAGCUCGAAAGGUACAUCCAACUACAGAGGACAGAAUAUCAGCAGGAACAAAGAAGAAGCUUGCAUCACCUGUGACAAAAUCUUCAAGAAUUUCCACUCCGACGUCAAAACCACCACCAGCUUCCAAGGUCAUUUCUUCAUCUCAAACAUCAGUGAAGAAGGUGAAUGGGGUGUCAUAUCAAAGAAGCAGCAAUGCUCCUGUUGCACAAGGCAAUAAAUUACUUUCUAGAUCACUCAUUUCACCUUCUCAAUCCUCGAUAAAAAAGUUGAACGGUUCAACAUUGCAAAGGAGCAAAAAUUCUUCCACACUAGAGAACAAGAGGAUAGCUCCCACAUCAUUGCACAUGUCUCUCAGUCUAGGUCCACCAAAUUCUACAGCUUCUACUAAUACAAUGAGAAAAUCUUUGAUCAUGGAGAGAAUGGGGGAUAAGGACAUUGUCAAGCGAGCGUUUAAGGCAUUCCAAAGCAGUUUCAACCAAGGAAAACCCGAAGUAGAUACGAGAUAUAGUGGAUCAAAGAAGGUAUUGCCUAAAGGAUCAGAGCAAAAAAUUUCAGCUUCUCCGACUCCUAAAAAGGAGGUUGAAAGAUUAAGGAAGACAUCAGAUACGGUAAUGACUCAAAAAUGCCAAUCAGGGACUAGAUCAAACUCUCUGUCAUCUCGCAGGGCACCUAAAGAUGCUGUUAUAGAGAGGAAAAAGGUGAACAGUGUCAGACCUGCUGGCAUGAGUAUUGAUAGAUCAAUCGAUAAAUUGAAGGAGGAUAUCAUCAAAGGUAAGAUUCACCGUGCUGGAUCUAAUAGGUGAAGUUAAAACAUUAGCAGGAUACCUUCGUAGAUAAAAUGUUCCUCCGGGUGAGUUAAACUUGCAUGUAGAAGAAGAAACAUUCGAAGAAUUUACUGUGUGCUUAGGCAAAAGCAAGACGAAUCAUGUACUCGUAUUUCUGGUGUAUUUGCACUCUGCUGGACUCCUGAAUUCAAUGUUUUGUUCUCUUACAUUGAGUAAGGUAUAGCAUUAGAAUUAAUUAGAUCAUAGUUUAAAGUACAAAAAAGUGUAUGUGAAAAGUAAAGUAGGAAUGCACAUGACUUAAAACUUAUUGUAUAAUGCAAUCUUUUAUUCAGUUCUUUUUCUAUUU